AACAACAAGUCUUUCUCAGUUUGACUUCUUAAUUGCUACCCAUUUCUCCCUCUUCCUCCAUCAUCUCUGCUAUCAAAUCUGCCAUCAUUUCAUUCAUGGUCUGCUCCUCUGCUCCUCUGCUGCAAGCAAUAGCCUUUAUGAGAGUGUUCUUCUAAACAGAUGAUCAUAAACCUCGUACGAAACAAAUUUGAAGAUUGAACAAGAACAUUGGAGAAGAAUUUCGUUUGCUUAUUGGAUCUCAGGCCUUGAUGGAAGGUCAAACUCAAGAUUCAACCAAUGUCACAGACAUCAAGGCAUCUACAGAUGUUUUCAGGCCAAGUAGUAUGGGAGUCAAGAAAGCUCUUACAAUGAUACCUCCUCAUAUCAUAGCAGAGGCGAUUUCCACCAUCACUGGCCUUGAUCUAAGAUGGUCAGGUCCUAUAACACCAGCAGAAAGGCAAUAUGUAGAACAAUAUGUAUUAGCCAAGUAUCCACAAUAUGCACAACUAGAUGGAGAAAAGAUAGAUCUUUCUUGCCUUUGCAUCAACGAGGAAUCAACCGAUCAAACCACGUCGGAUGAUUGGCGAAAGUCGCCGAGAAACAUCCCGAGAGAGCCUUCGACACCGUCGUUCGGAAGCAACCUUCCGAAUCUGGAAGGAACCCCAUUGGAGCCAUCAAGAUUGCUAGAUAUUCUCACCAUGAAAUGUUCAUUUCCAGGGAGUUUCAUAUCAAUUCCUGAAAUUCAAGCUCAAAACAAAGUUUUGAAGCAUUGUGGACUGCCUGAUGAAGAGUAUCUUGUUCUGUUCAUACCAAGCUAUAGGCUAGCCAUGAUGCUUGUAGGAGAAGCUUACCCUUUUUUCAGAGGGAAUUACUACAUGACAGUGAUAAGAGAUGAAGGAGAUUGUAUUAAAGAGUUUGCAAGUUUCAAGGAGUCUAAAGUGAUAGAAGCACCGGAGAGUUGGUUGGAUUUGAGGAUUAAAGGAUCUCAACUUAGUCAGUACUUUAGAAGGAAGUGUAAGCAUAGUCCAAAAGGGUUGUUUUCUUAUCCAGCUGAUGUAAACGGGACUCGAUACUCGUUGCAUUGGGUGUCGGAGGCUCAUCGGAACUCGUGGCACGUCCUUCUCGACGCGACUGCUUUUGUUGUUGGUGGGGAACGUUUGAAUCCUCUUCUACAUAGGCCUGACUUUGUGUUGUGCAGUCUUGAUAAUACACAUGCAAAUCCUUCUAGGAUCAUUUGUCUUUUGAUUAGGAAGACAUCGUUUGAUACUACAAUGGCAGCGUCCCAAGCAGCUGAAUGAUGAGUAGUUUGUUUGUCAUGUGUUUCGGCUUCAUUGUAAUAUCCAUUUUAUGCUGUGUAGCAUCAUCUCUUGGAACUGUUAUGGAUUGAAAUUUCCUUAAUAUAUAUACUACAUAAGUUUGA